AGCCUCCUUCAUACGCUUUAAACUACAGAAUGGCUCCAUCACCUUGACAGACUGACUUGUGUAAGAUAAAUCAGCUGCUGAAGGAAAAGAUUUUGGACAAAAACUGCACCAAGAAACUGACUAUCUUAGCUGUCUUUGUGGUUACAAUCCACUUAAAUACAGAAAAAACAUUCUGACAUCCUGAAUGGAGUUACCAGUAGCCAGCGACGGUGUUCACCUGGCUGCAUACAGACCCAAACCUUCACUGUCAGUAGCCAAUGGGAAGGCAACACCUGGAGGGUUUGAUGAGUCUGGUUACUAUCAGUGUUAUGGUGAUGGGAGCAGUGUAGCAUCCCGUGGAUCAGAUGCUCUAACUGGCUAUGAGACUUUGGAUGCUCCGCCACACUAUGACUUCUACGCCAACACAGAAGUGUGGGGCCGAAGAAGGCGCUUCAGACCAUCUCUGUACCAGCUGCAUGCCAACCCUGAGGAUGAUUCCAGACCUCCCUUGUAUGAGGAGACAACAAGUGGACAGAUGGAAGGAGGUGACAGCUCUGAGGAAGACGAAGAGGAGCAGAAGGAGCCACCAACUGAACCUACUCGCUUUGGCUGGAUACAGGGAGUCAUGAUCCGUUGCAUGUUAAACAUCUGGGGGGUGAUCUUGUACUUGAGGUUGCCCUGGAUCACUGCUCAAGCUGGCAUAGGUCUGACCUGGGUGAUUAUCCUGCUGUCCUCUUUUAUAACUGGGAUCACUGGCCUCUCGACCUCAGCCAUCGCUACCAACGGAAAGGUUAAAGGAGGUGGGACCUACUUCCUGAUCAGUCGCAGCCUCGGUCCAGAGCUGGGUGGGUCCAUCGGUCUUAUCUUUGCAUUUGCCAAUGCUGUAGCUGUGGCCAUGCACACUGUGGGUUUUGCUGAGACUGUUACAGACAUCAUGCGUGAAAAUGGAGCUGUCAUGGUUGACCGAACCAAUGACAUCCGUAUCAUCGGCAUCAUCACUGUCACAUGUCUACUAGGCAUCUCAAUGGCAGGCAUGGCGUGGGAGUCAAAGGCCCAGGUUCUGUUUUUCCUGGUCAUUAUGGUGUCAUUUGCCAGUUACAUUGUUGGAACGAUCAUGCCUGCUUCACCACAGAAACAAGCCAAGGGUUUCUUUAGCUACAAAGCGGAUAUCUUUGCCACCAAUUUUGUGCCCAAUUGGCGGGGGCAAGAGGGCAGCUUCUUUGGUAUGUUCUCCAUUUUCUUCCCCUCCGCAACGGGUAUCCUGGCAGGAGCUAACAUCUCUGGAGAUCUGAAGAAUCCAACAGUGGCCAUCCCCAGAGGAACACUGAUGGCAAUAUUCUGGACCACCAUGUCCUACCUCAUCAUCUCUGCUACUAUUGGAUCUUGUGUGCUGCGGGAUGCGUCUGGCCUGUUAAAUGACACCCUGUCACCAUCCUCAUCCAUCGAAAAUUGUAAUGGUUUAGCUUGUGAUUAUGGAUGGGACUUCACCGAGUGCAUGAACAAUAACACAUGCGACUACGGCAUCAUGAACUACUAUCAGUCCAUGAGCAUGGUGUCAGCCUUUGCCCCUCUCAUCACUGCUGGUAUAUUUGGAGCAACACUGUCCUCUGCUUUGGCCUGCCUGGUGUCUGCUCCCAAAGUCUUCCAGUGUCUGUGUAAGGACAAUCUCUACCCUUUCAUCGGUUUCUUUGGCAAAAGUUACGGCAAGAAUGAUGAACCACUCAGAAGCUACCUAUUGACGUACAUCAUUGCUGCCUGCUUCAUUCUCAUUGCCGAGUUGAACACCAUCGCUCCAAUCAUCUCCAACUUCUUCCUCUGCUCCUACUCUCUGAUCAACUUCAGCUGCUUCCAUGCCUCAAUCACCAACUCACCAGGUUGGCGUCCGUCCUUCAGGUUCUAUAGUAAGUGGCUGUCGUUGCUGGGCGCUGUGUGUUGUGUGGUUAUCAUGUUCCUGCUGACUUGGUGGGCAGCCCUCAUUGCCUUUGGCGUUGUCCUCCUCCUUUUAGGAUACACACUCUACAAGAAGCCUGCUGUAAACUGGGGCUCCUCAGUGCAGGCGAGCUCCUACAACAUCGCUCUGAACCAGUGUGUAGGCCUCAACCAUGUGAAGGACCAUGUCAAGAACUACAGACCCCAGUGUUUGGUGCUAACAGGUCCUCCCAGCAGUCGUCCAGCUCUAGUGGAUCUCGUCACCUGUUUCACAAAGAGUCUCAGUCUCAUGAUGUGUGCCAAUGUGGUCUCUGCUGGUCCCUCCCCAUCAGUAGUGGAAAAGUCGAACAGCGACAGUCAUGUUGCCUGGUUGAACCAUCGGAAGGUCAAGUCAUUCUACAGAGGUGUGGUGGCUAAAGAGCUACGAUCAGGAGUUAACAUGCUGCUACAGGGGGCAGGUUUGGGUCGUAUUAAGCCAAAUGUUCUGCUGCUGGGUUUCAAGAAAGACUGGCGCAGUGACACACCUCAGGCUGCACACAACUACAUAGGAAUACUGCAUGAUGCGUUUGACCUACAGUACGGCGUGUGUGUGCUAAGAAUGAGGGAAGGACUGGAUGUCUCUCCUCCAUCUCAAGCCCACGUUAAUCCAGGCUUUGAUGAAGGACCAGAGAGUAUAAACACCAUCUCUGCCGCUCCACGCAUUAAAACAAGCACUACAUCUACUGUCUCCAUUGAACCAGAGCCUCAGCCUAGUACGGUGUUCCAGAAAAAACAAGGAAAAAAGACCAUCGAUGUAUACUGGCUGUCUGAUGACGGAGGUCUGACCCUGCUGCUGCCCUACCUGUUGACUCGGAGGAAGCGCUGGGCCAGAUGCAAAGUCAGAGUGUUUGUGGGAGGAGAAACAGACAAGAAGGAAGAGCAGAAAGAGGAGGUGUUGGCACUGAUCAAGAAGUUCCGUCUUGGUUUCCAUGAUGUUGAAGUGCUUCCUGACAUCUACCAGAACCCACAGCCUGGAAAUGUUCAUCAGUUUGAGAAUAUGGUGGGUCGCUUCAAGCUGGAUACAAACCCCAAAGAGGACUCUGAUUCUGAGCCUCCAAGACAGCAGGAGGAGCCAUGGAUGAUCACUGACCAGGAUUUAGAGAAGAACAAGACCAAGUCUCUCCGCCAGAUCCGUCUAAACGAGGUUCUGCAGGAUUACUCCAGAGAAGCUGCUCUGAUUGUUAUCACCAUGCCGGUGGGGAGGACAGGAGUGUGUCCCAGUACUCUCUACCUGGCGUGGCUGGACUUCUUGUCACGUGAUCUGAGACCUCCAGUCCUGUUGGUCAGAGGAAACCAAGAAAACGUCCUCACCUUCUACUGCCAGUGAAAUGUCUCGAGACCAAUGUACAGAUACUGAACUACAACUUAUAACUCACUAACAUCCUGAUAUUUUCAUCUUGAUUUAGACAUGUCAAUGCCUUGAUGACUAUCGAUGAUUAUCAAAUCCUGUAAUGAAUGUAUGGUUCCUCUAUUUCCUAUGUUCUUGCCCUUUAAUUCAUGAUUUACGCAUUUUAGAAGUACUGCAAAAGUAAAUCACUCUAGGGAAAAUAGUUAAAACUGAAGCCAUUAUUGAUUGUAAAGACAAUUUAAAUUUAUCAAAAUGAUUGUAUAACGUUUGACAAUGUUUCCUGUCCUUAAAUGUAUGGCACAAAUGAAGACAAAAUUUUGUUACUUUAGUUCAAUACGAUUACCAGCUGCGACAGUGAUGUUGGUACUGUUUUCACCUUGUCAGCCUGUGUGUGUGUCAUCAUGGCAAACUGGGGUCCUGGAGACACCUUCUGUAGCAGGAACUACCACAGAAGCAGUCUUGAGUACUUUGCAGUUUGGACAGAUUUUGUCAAUGCGAUAGCGUCACAACCGUGCAAGAUGCAGUCACCAAUCUUUACAGAUGUGUAGUUGAGAUCAAACUGAAGGCUGAGUUCAUAAAUGUAUGUGGUCCGAGCACUUCUGGGCACCAGAAGUAGGGGGGUAAGUAGGGAAGUGCUCACCCACACACACACACUUUACGCCUCUGGCCCCCAUUCGUUUUGAGUCAUGGAAUUAGCUUUGCCAAGAUGGCAAGAUCCAGGCAGACACAAAAAAACACAUGGUUUUAGCAUACAGUGAUCCAGAUAACAUUCACCCUUUAUUAUAACAACUAACGACAGCAACUAUCAUGAUACAUCAUACAUAGUCUACACAUACUAUACAGCAUAAACUGUUAGAUCCUUAACAAAAAAGUAUUAUUUAAGGGGUAGGCACAUUAAACCUGGAUGUGGAUGUCCCUAACCAAAUAUACUACAACCUGAUCUACACAUAAUUAUUACCAGCUGCAAUAACCCCCCAUUCAAUAUUCAUGUUCUUGCCAAACAACUGAUCAUUUAUCUCUUGCCAAUAAUGACACAUUCAUGACUAACUAUGUUUAAUGUUGUACAUUCCUUGUAUCAAACCAGGGAAUAUUUUAGCAAAACACAAAACUAACAGGUUAAACGCAAGGAGCAACAUCCGGGGCUGAAAAAUUAAGCUAUCGCCGAAGUGUCAAAAACUGCAGUUCCUUGAAUGGCCACUUGAGGCUGGCUCAAAAAGCAAGUCAAUAGCCCAUAGAGCAUAAAAUGCCUAACUUUACAGUAGAAAUAAACAUGUUUACAGCCAGGUACAAAAAUGGUUUUGGUCUCUAUAGCUGAUUUCCCCCUUCAUGACAACUGUGAGGGGGGUGAAUGUUUUUUAUAACUCACCCGUUUAAAUUGUAUUAAGGCUCAAAGUUAUGCAUAAUUAAGGGCGUGGCCGUUUUGAUUGACAGAUGGGUGCCAUCACAGGUGGCUAGCCGCUAGGUGGUUUCAGCAACCAGGCUUCAUUUGGCAUGCCUCAGCUCCAUCUCUUUGCCCAUUUUUAUAUUAGCUGGAAUCAGGCACUGCUAAGAUUGUGACGGCCGGAGCCACCACACGAGUUUCACAAUCGCUCUUCAGCAACCUAUAUGUGACAUCACGGAGACAACGUCCAUGUUUUAUACGGUCUAUAAAGUUGACCCUGCGAGGCCGGUUAGGCAUAGUGGCACAGUUCACCUGUUUCGCCAAACUCACUUCUCUCAUGUCAUGUGUUCCAUUGCACCAUACACACCAAUUUGGCAUCAUGGAUGGUGUGAUCCCAUCGCAAAUAACGAAAGACUUGUCAGAACAAAUGAAAGAUAACUGCUAGACAGUGUGCUUCAUGUUAUAUAAAGAGGCUGUGUGUGUGUGUGUGUGUGUGUGUGUGUGUGUGUGUGUGUGUGUGUGUGUGUGUGUGUACGCUGCAUUGUCACGAAUCAAAAUGGCAGAGGUAGUUUCCCCUCAAACCCUCUCCACCUCUUUCAGCUCUAUCUUUAAUCAUUAACCUGUAUGCUGAUUAUCAGCAGUGCCACAUAGUUAAUUGUAUCAGCUGUUAAAGACAUUCCUUUUGUAUAUAUAGUAUAUCUAGAGACUAUUUGUUGUAUCUUUCUAUACAUGGCUUAGGACAGCAGGAUAUAGCAGUCAUAGUGACAUAGUAUCUGGCCUGCUGAAACGUCCUUGACACCCUGAAUCCUUCUCCUGUAGCAGACCCUGACCUUUGACCUCUCCAAAGGGGACAGUAAUAUUUGCUAUUCCAGUAGAAUGUUGUACAGACGUCACUGUCAUUAAUAUGUCAUGCCACAUACAGUAUAAUGCCUGUUAAUGUUUUUGACAUGUUGCAAUUAAAGUAGUGAGUAUGA